CUGUAAUGGCAGUCAGCAUGUUAACCCCGCCUGGAUCAGGCACGAGCCAUGACACAUGACUCUACAGCACAAGAAGGAAGCCAGGAACUACUGAGCUGACAUAAAACCACUGCACACAGCAGUCUGAGGGACCCUGGGCAGGAGCAUGGGGACGAUCUGUGCAUACAGCUGACUACAGAAUUUGGAGAAAAGAGUCACUCUGCAGCUGUGGUUAAAGCCAUGGCUAUAGGGUGGUAUUUGGUACUAAACUCCAUCAAGUGCUGGAUGGUCUUGGGACUGCUGCAGAUUACGUAUGGAAGUUUGCGGGAGCGUAAUGCUACUGUGCAGGUGUACAACCUGAAUGGGAAAUGGGCUCUCCGCAAUUCAAACAGCUCUAUUAAGUUGUCUGGGGACGUGCCUGGCUGUGUGCACACUGCAUUAUUCUCCUGGGGUCUGAUAAAGGAUCCUUACUUGCGUUUCAAUGAUAUUGCUUACAAAUGGAUCGCACAUGAUGGAUGGAUAUACAGCAAGGAAUUCACCCUUUCUCCUAAUAUCAGACUUUGGCAGAAGGUUGUCUUGGUUUGUGAAGGGAUUGAUACCAUUUCUACGAUUACUUUCAACACUUUUCCUAUUGUGAAAACUCAGAACAUGUUCAACAGAUAUACAAUUGAUAUCACCAAGUAUGUUUCAGAGAAAAAUUAUAUAGAGAUCACGUUUGAGUCGGCUGUAGAGUGGGCAAAAGAAAAAAGCAUGAACCAUUCUUAUAUUAUACCUCCUAACUGUCCUCCAGACGUACAGAAAGGAGAAUGUCAUGUUAACUUCAUAAGGAAGGCUCAGUGUUCAUUCAGCUGGGAUUGGGGCCCUUCUUUUCCCACUCAAGGCAUCUGGAGAGAUAUUAGGAUUGAAGCCUAUAAUCUUGUCAACAUGGAUUAUAUAUCCUAUAUGACCACCUUUGAUAAUACAACAUCUCAAUGGAAGAUUAUCAUUGAGCCUCUGUUUGAUAUUCUUUCUGAAAAACCUCUUGAAGGAUGUGUGACUGUCAAGGUGCCGGACCUUCAUCUUGAUCAUUCACAUGAUGUAAUCUUAUCUCCUGGACAGCAGACACAUGAAAUAAUAAUUAAUAUCAGUAAGAAUACAUCUGUAAAUUUGUGGUGGCCAAAUGGAUAUGGAAUGCAAAGCGACUACAACAUGUCUGUUACUUUUAACAUUGAGAAUGAAUAUAUUAUUCAGACAACAACCAAGAUUUACUUUCGCACAGUGGAUCUCAUUGAGGAGCCAGUUGCUGGUUCUCCCGGCCUCUCUUUCUAUAUGAUGAUUAAUGGAGUUCCCAUAUUCCUGAAAGGCUCUAACUGGAUACCAGCCGAUUCUUUCCAAGACAGAGUUAACUCUGAAAAGCUCCGUGUCCUGCUCCAGUCAGUUGUGGAUGCCAAUAUGAACGCUCUUCGUGUCUGGGGUGGAGGGAUAUAUGAGAGUGAUGACUUCUAUAGAUUAUGCAAUGAAUUGGGAAUAAUGGUCUGGCAUGACUUUAUGUUUGCUUGUUCUCUUUACCCCACUGAUGACUGGUUUUUGGAUACAGUGAGAACAGAAGUCACCCAUCAGAUCAGGAGACUUAAAUCUCACCCCUGUAUUAUUGUCUGGAGCGGCAACAAUGAGAAUGAGGCUGCAAUUGCCACUAACUGGUUUUCAAUACCUAGCUCUAUGAGAGAGGUUUAUGUACAAGACUACAUUACUCUCUACAUAAAGACCAUCAGAGAACUUGUUCUUAAGAUGGAUGGGACUCGUCCUUUCAUUGCUUCUAGCCCCACUAACGGGAAAGAGACGAUCAAAGAAAAUUGGCUUUCCAAAGAUCCUUAUGACAAUCACUAUGGUGACACACAUUACUACAACUAUGAGACAGACUGUUGGAAUUGGAAGUCAUACCCUAGGCCUCGCUUUGCUUCUGAAUAUGGUUUCCAGUCUUGGCCAUCUUUUAGUACAAUCGCUCAGAUCUCGGCUCCUGAAGACUGGUCCUAUACAAGCAAUUUUACUGAACAUCGGCAGCAUCAUUCUGGAGGCAACAAGCAGAUGAUUGACCAGGCUGCUCUGCAUUACAAUAUGCCAAUGAACAGUGACCCCAUUAAAGAAUUUCAGCACACAUUGUACCUUACCCAGGUCAUGCAAGCACAGUGUGUAAAGCUUCAGACUGAGUUUUACAGACGUAGUCGAAGUGAAAUUGUGAAUGGCAUUGGCUUUACAAUGGGGGCACUCUACUGGCAACUAAAUGAUAUCUGGCAGACUCCUUCAUGGUCAUCCAUAGAGUAUGGAGGGAAAUGGAAAAUGCUUCAUUACUACGCCAAAGACUUUUUUGCCCCUGUUGCCAUAAGUGCAUUUGAAGACGAAGAUAUCUUAUACAUUUAUGGAGUGUCAGAUCUUUCGAAGGACUGUUCUUUCAAGCUUGCACUUAAAGUCUACAAAUGGGAUUCUCUGAUUCCAGCAUGUGAAACCGUUACAGAAGACUUUGUUAUAACAUCUCAGAGUUCUGGGCAAGUUUACCAGGAAGCUGUUUCAGAAUUACUGAGGAGAUGUAACAACUCCACCAGGCUGAAUGCUGUGCUUGUUUAUUAUCUGUUAUAUGACGGCGAAAUAUAUGGCUCUAAAAACUGGCACUUGCUAAGUUCGCCUAAAGAAGCUGAGGGGCUCCAGAAAUCCAAUUUUACAGUAUACAUCUCUCAGAAGAACCAGGGGACCUAUGUGUUUACUCUAAUUAGCACCUACCCGGCUCCUUUUGUAUGGAUGGACGUCGGGAACAUAGCCGGAAGGUUCAGUGAUAACGGUUUCCUUGUAACAGAGCACAAGACUGCAGUUUACUUUUAUGCCUGGAAACCAACUACUGUUGCUGAACUGGAGAAAACAUUGCACAUCACAACUCUUAGAGACAUAUACUGAUAUUGA